AUGGCAGCCUCUUCGGUCUCUGCCAAAAAGUCCACUCCAGAGAUGCCUGUCUUUUCAUACGCCCAGGCCGCAAAGGGCCUUGCCUCUGACUCCAACAAGCAGACUCCCGCGCCUCCCAGUGUGGAAGAAACUACUGCUACUGCUACUACCACUGCUAAUACCAGUACUACGACCAUGGUAGAUGCAGAUGAUGCUGGAAAGGCGGUUUCGGCAUCUCCCUCGCUAGGACUGUCUGCUUCGACGGCCUCGACCCUGGUCAAGGAAGACGACCUCUCCACCACCACACCCAACGGCACCACUACCGCCACCGCCUCAGAGUCAGAGUGGGAGAAGCAGUCCCAGGCUUCCACCGCUGCUGACAACAAGGACAAGUCGGCUGGCUCGGCCUCGUCAACGGCUCCCCUGGCAGACGACGAUAAACCCAAGUCAGAGGCCAGCUGGGAGAACACCACCACCACCACCACUAAUACUCAAAAGGAGCAGAAAGAGCAAAAGGAGCAGAAAGAGCUCAAGGCUGCUCCACCGCCGGCAGUCAACGUCUGGCAGCAACGACAGGAGGCCCUGGAGGCCAAGGCAAAGGCCAACGCCCUAAAACCUGCUGCCACUACGACGGCCACCAGCACCAGCACCACCACUACUACUCCUACUACCAACACUACCACUACCAAGUCUACCUCUACUCAGACCUCGUCCGGCGAUGUCAGGCCUGAACACUACAAGGGCGGUAGCAGGAAGAAGGCUGAUCCCGCAACCUCAGAUCCCCGUGACAAAAAGAAAGCUUCCGACGGAUCGAGGAAAAGUGCUCGGCCGGCUAGACAGGACGGUGAAUCCCUCCCACCAGUCAACGACGCCUCCUCCUGGCCCACCCCACAGACUGCACAGGGUGAAGACCUGCGCAAGGCCCAGGAUCAAGCUGACAAGCCUGAACGGCCCGAGAAGGAGAAGCCUGCUGGCUCUAGAACCCACGGCAAAGAGAAGUGGAUGCCCGUGCCAUAUGUUCCCACGGCCGUCUUCAACACCCCCUUGCCACCUGCUGCCAGGAGAGGUGGCCGGAGUGGUGGUCCCAGAGGUGGUGCGCGUGAAGGUGGCUCCAGAGGUGGUGCCCAUGCCGGUGGUGAUAGAGGAGCUGCCACCAAUACGUCCGCCUCGUCGAAGCCUUCUUCUGCCGGAGACCGUGAGAAAGGGGAUGCUACCGAGUCUGCUCAUAAGUCUACCACCACCGCCGCUGAUGCGAGCCUGAAAAACGGUGAUUCUGCUGCCCCCGCUGAGGCGACCAAGGAUAACAAGCCAGCCCAGAACAGCAUCAACACUGUCAAUGCUACUUCCUCCGAUCCUACCUCGUCUUCUCAAUCCCCUACUCGUCCUCACCACUCCAAGCCCUACCACAAGUCCCACGAGAACAGCUCCUCCUCGUACAAGAACACCCAUGCAGACCACCAGCACGCCUCCAGACAGGCCAAUUCAGACUCUCAUGCCGGCGGCCACUCCAGAUACGCCAACCACGACAGGCGGUUCGACAUGGGCGCUCGCUCCGGUGAGUUCUUCAAGGACUACCAGCCCAGAGGAGACAAGGACUUCUCCAAGGACCGCGAGUACUCCCGCGAAUACACGCGUGAAUCCCGCUCAGAGCGAGGAGGCCGUGGUGGCUACCGCGGCGGUCGAGGCGGCCACUCCAACUACAACAACAACAACAACACUAACAACACUAACAACAAUACUACGGCCUACACCACCCAAACUUCCUCGGCUUCUGCUUCUUCAUCCUACCACUCCGCUCCAAUCCCACAGCAUCCUUUCCCUUCUUCCAAAUCAUACAACAACUUCUCCGACCGCCACCGCAUCCAGCCCUCUGCCAAUGGCACCCAGCAACAACAACAGCAACAACAGCAACAGCCACACUCCUCCACUGCCACAAAUACCCGUAUGAACAUGCGGUCCCCCUCAAUGCCUAACCCAGGCAUGUUCCCAGCUCCUUACCCCAUCCAGACAGACAUGAACAUCCUCUACCCUUACCCUCAUGCCCUCCCCGCCGGUCCCAUGACAGCCAUGUCCUACCAGCCAUACAUGGAACACUACUCGCUCAUGGGCACCAUCUCCAUGCAGCUCGAAUACUACUUCUCCGUCGACAACCUGUGCAAAGACCUCUUUUUGCGCCGCCACAUGGACUCCCAGGGCUACGUGCUGCUCUCCGUCAUCGCAUCCUUCAAGCGCAUCAAGUCGCUUACCGAGGACAUGGAGCUUCUGCGCUUCGUAUGCAGACAGCUGCGCAACGUCGAGUACCGGCCUGGCGAAGAUGGCGUCGAUCGGCUCAGGAAGCGCGAGGAGUGGGCUCAGUGGGUGCUCAGCAUGGAUGAGCGGGAUCCCUCCGCCAGAAACGAGGGGCCUUCAUCCGCCACUGCUCAGGAGUAUAUUCCGCAGCAGCACCAACAACAACAGGUGCAUAUGAAUGGACAUGCUCAUGCUCAUGCUCAUGCUCAUGUCCAUGGGAACGGAACAUACGUUAAUACAAACUACGUACCCGCAGACAACCAUUCGGCGGAAGAGCCCAAGCGGCCCGCCAAACUCUCCUCCGCCGCACCAGAGUUCUCCCCUCUCUCCGCGAAUGGUCAUGCGCCUUCGUUUGAGCAGGGCACUAGCACCCCCGUGGAUGCCCAGGGUCACGGCCAGGUCCAGCCCGCGGACGGCAGCAAUUUCGUUGCAGUGGUACGCUGA